UACAGCAGUUACUCCCGCCCUAAGCCUCAUUCUUAUGGUGCUCCGCCUCGUCCUGUGGAACAAGAAUACGGAUCUGGUGGUUAUGAGUCUGCUAGGCCCCAGCCGGCUUAUGGGUACCAGCAAAGUGGAUCCGAGUACGGAUCUGAAGGAUAUGGUCGGAAAUCGGAGUCGGAGCAACAGGAGUACGGAUCUGGUGGGUAUAGGCGGAAACAGGAAUCGGAGUCUUACGGAUCUGAAGAAUACGGAUCUGGUGGGUAUGGGCGGAAACAGGAAUCCGAAUCUUACGGGUCUGGUGGUUAUGGGGGGAGACAGGAAUCCGAUUCUUACGGAUCUGGUGGUGGGUAUGGGCGGAAACAGGAAUCGGAUUCUUACGGGUCUGGUGGUUAUGGGGGGAGACAGGAAUCGGACUCUUACGGGUCUGGUGGUUAUGGGGGGAGACAGGAAUCGGAUUCUUACGGAUCCGGUGGUGGUUAUGGGCGGAAACAGGAAUCGGAUUCUUAUGGAUCUGGUGGGUAUGGGCGGAAACAGGAAUCGGAGUCUUACGGAUCUGAAGAAUACGGAUCUGGUGGGUAUGGGCGGAAACAGGAAUCGGAAUCUUACGGGUCUGGUGGUUAUGGGGGGAGACAGGAAUCCGAUUCUUACGGAUCUGGUGGUGGGUAUGGGCGGAAACAGGAAUCGGAUUCUUACGGGUCUGGUGGUUAUGGGGGGAGACAGGAAUCGGACUCUUACGGGUCUGGUGGUUAUGGGGGGAGACAGGAAUCGGAUUCUUACGGAUCCGGUGGUGGUUAUGGGCGGAAACAGGAAUCGGAUUCUUAUGGAUCUGGUGGGUAUGGGCGGAAACAGGAAUCGGAGUCUUACGGAUCUGGUGGUGGGUAUGGGCGGAGAGAGGAGGGGGAAUCGGAGUCGUAUGGGUCUGGUGGGUACCGGAGGCAGUCGGAGACUGAAGAGUACGGAUCCGGGCGAAAACAGAGUUAUGGGGAAGAAGAGGGGAGUGGGGGGUAUGGGAAGCAGGAGUAUGAGAGUUCUGGGUAUAGAAGGGAGAAGUAUGAGAGGCCAAAUUAUGGGGAUGAGGAGCGGAUGAGGCCGAGCUAUGGGCGGUCGGAGGAGGAGGAUUACAGGAAGCCAAGCUACGCGGAGGACGAGGAGCGUGAGUAUGCGUAUGGGGAAGAGGGAUAUGGGCGCAAGAAAUACGGUGGUGAUUCUGACGAGGACAGCCGCCGCCACCAUCACCACCGCAGG